AUGUCUUCCCUGUCGUCUAUUAAGUUCGCUUUGCUUGGCCUCGUGCUUGUUACCACUGGUCAACUUGGCGUCUCUACCGUUGUAACAGAAAGGAGGACUUUAAACGUCCCCUUGAAUGGGGGUAUAACGCUAAAUUUUGAGGAGGGUAUGCGUGAUUUCAUUGUUAAUGGAAAAGGCGUUGGUAUUCAAGGACAGACUUUGAUCGCUUUCCAAGCUACUCUUACAAGUAGUAAUAUCGGACCUAAUUACACCGACGGCGCAAUUAAAUUCAUCGACGUGGCUUUAAACAUUGGAAACGGCUACAAUCCAAGCACCGGAAAAUUUACUGCUCCCACUGCAGGUCUUUACCAGUUUACUGCAACGUACCUUCAACGUAAUGGAUACAACUCUCGCGUUAGGCUAAUGAGGAAUAAUAAUAUGAUCAGUAAAAUGCAUUCAACAUUCUGGGUUGAGUUGCGUAACGGUAGUACCUAUGCCAUUUAUGGCUGGAGUGCAGGAUACACCGAAUUCAGUGGAUUUCUUUUGUCAGCCAGUCUCUAA